AUGGUUUCAACGCUUCUUUCGCUAGCUGUCGCGCUGGCUACAGCAGCGACGACCAAUGCCGAGUUGCCAGGUAUUCCCACCGUGCCUUACGAUAAAGCCGACGGCUCCUACGCCAUUGAUAAGCUUCAAUCCAUCAUUAUCGAUUCCAAGUACAGCCAAACACGCGACAACGAUGGCCUGACCUUGAUCCCGCCCACGCUCCGGGACUUCGGCGAUACCUUUGCCCAGGACCUGAAGAGCAUGCUCAACAUUGACGUGGCUGUUGUCGACGGCACCGAGGUUAAGCCCAACUCCGUCUUCAUCACGCUCGACAAGGAUGGCGACUACAAGGACGCGGCUGGCCGCAAGACGCACGAAGGCUACACUCUCUCUGCCACCAAGGAUGGCGUCACUAUCCAGGGCGCCAGUCCGCUUGGUGCAUGGUGGGCAACGCGAACAGUCCUGCAACAGGCGGCUUUAGAUGGUCAGAAGAGCAUCCCUGCGGGCAAAGGUGUCGAUGCACCGGGCUGGGGCACGCGUGGCAUGAUGCUCGACUGUGCGCGUCACUUUUACCCCAAGGAAUUCAUCACCGAUCUCUGCUCAUAUAUUUCCUUCUUUAAGCAAAACACCUUUCAUAUUCAUCUUAGCGACAACACCAUUGUCCCAUCAUACACCCCCGAAAACUACAACGACACCUACGCCCGCUUCCGCCUCUGGUCCGACAGCCCCGACCUCCAUGGCCUCAACAAGUACCGAAACGAAUCCUACACGCGUGACGACUUUGAAGAGAUUCAGACCAAGUGUGCUAAGCGUGGUGUGACUGUUAUUCCCGAAAUCGAAGCACCAGGUCACUGUCUGCCCAUUGUGCAAUGGCGCCCUCAGAUUGGCUACACUGGAGAUUUCAGCUUGCUCAACAUUGCUCACCCGGAUACCCUUCCCACCAUGAAGACAAUCUGGAAGGAAUUCCUGCCGUGGUUCCACUCCAAGGUUGUGUCCAUUGGUGCCGAUGAAUACAAGGGUCCCGAAGAGGACUACAAGACGUUUGUCAAUGCCAUGUCUGCCUUUAUUGCCCAGCAAUCCGACAAGCUCAUCCGCAUCUGGGGAACCUUCCCUGCCAAGCCCGAUGCCAAGGCACCUACCGAGGUGUACUCCAACAUCACCAUUCAGCACUGGGCUUAUCUAUUUGACGACCCGUAUGCCGACUACUUGCGCAACAACUACUCCGUCAUCAACUCGGACGAGAUGUUCUACAUUGUCAUGAAGGACGGCCCCUACGGCCGAACCAUUGACACCAAGACUACCUUUACUGGUAACCCUGAUGGCCACAGUGCGUGGUAUCCCAACAUCUUCAAUGUCAACGAGACAGCCAAGAACCCUCCUCGCAACCACCCGCUUAUCCAGGGCGCCAUUGCACCCAUCUGGAACGACCACGGUGCCAACACCAGUGUCUACUCUGAGGCAUUCUACGCCUGGCGAGACGGCAUCCCCGCGCUUGCGGAUAAGCACUGGGGCGGCAGCUUGACCCAAUCGCAGUACAAGGAGCGCUUGUCCAAGCUCAGAUCAGCCGUACCCGCCCAAAACCUGGCGCGCGUUAUUCCUACCAAGGGUACAACGAUCCUCAGCUACGAUUUGACCUCUGGACAGUCCGACACAAUCAAGGACUCGUCAGGAAACAGCUACGAUGCCAAGAGCACCUGCAAGUCAUCGGGCAAGACGCUGAACAUCACGCCCGACUGCGAAUUGACCACGCCAUGGCCUUCCAAGGGCCGCAACUAUAAGCUCUCCCUCACGCUCAAGGUAGACAAGGUGGCCGACCCAACCAACGCGACACUUGUUGCUGGCGGUGAUUCCGUGCUCAUGCUCACUCCCAACGUCUCUCUCUUUGCGUCGGGUAACUACUAUCGCCUGAACCAUACCAUCCCCAUGGGAUCCUGGGUCACGCUGGAGCUCGAGAGCAAGGACACCAAGACGUUUGCUUCCGCCAAGACGGACGAUGGCAAGUCGCUCUUCUCUAACGAAGAGUUCCUCACUGUCAUGAGCUACUACGGACAGCCUCUGCGCUGGCACGAAAUGGCCAUCGAGGCACCAACGCACGCUAUCACCGGCUGGACUGGUGAACUUAAAUCCAUGACCCUGACGUCAGGGCAAGCUGAUGCUGAGUCGCGUGCGGCCAUGUCCACUUCGCCCACCAACACGUGGAUGGCCGCUGGCCUACUUUUCCUGUCUGCAUUUUUGUUGUAA